AUGCGUCGCUCUCUGCGCCGUUUUCUUUGCUUUUCCUCCAAAUCAUGGGACCCCGCUGGUUCCACAACACAUAACACGGAAAAUGUGGAAGAUUCCAUUCGCCUGAGAUCUACUGGCAGAGCACCUGCUCAGUCACGGGUUGCUGGUCCCUCCCUGGAGGGGCUUGGAAGCGUACAGCCUCGGACUCACUCAGUUGCUCCCUCGAGAUGCGAUAGCAGCACACAAACCGAGUCGACAAUUGCCUCAGAGAGUGUAACCAGAGCAACAACAGUAUCAACCGUCAUUGUCAACACUUCCACGGGCCCGGAGACUCUUGCCAAGCUCACUUCAACCUCGAUAUUGAACACGACCACACCGUACACUCCCAUAAUGCAGCCAGAUGGCAGUCUGCGGGCCCCCCAGCUUACAUUUGAUGGCUAUGACUCUUAUGGGGGCCGGUUUGCUCCUGAAUCAAUAAUGGGAUUUCUUUACGAGCUUACAUCAUUCUUCGAAGCCACCGUCUCAGACUCUUCAUUCUGGGAGGAAUAUGUCACGUUCCAGCGUGCCCGAGUCACACCACUGCACAUGGCUGGAAAGUUAACCAGUCUGGCAGGAGGGGCCACUAUCUGGCUGAAGCGCGAGGACAAAAAUGAAUAUGGCAGCCACAAGACCCGCAACAUCAUCGGCCAGCUCCUGCUAGCUCGCCGUAUGGGCCGCUCGGAGAUCGUCACAGAAUGCGCCUCAGCCAAACAUGGCAAGUUCACCGCUGCAAUGUGUGCACGUCUGGGAUUGCGCUGUGUGGUCGCCAUGGGUGCAGAUGACGCUAGUGCCCAGGAAGAGGACGUGCUCGAGAUGAAGUCACUCGGCGCUAAGGUUUUGAUGGCUCGCGCCCCCUCUGGCAUGGGUAGUCUCCGCUCUGCCAUCACAGAAGCUCUGCGAUAUGCGGUCUGCAAUCACGAAUCUGCCUACUACCUCAUGGGUAGCCCAGUGGGGCCCAGUCCACUUCCGACCCUAGCUCGCACGUUCCAAGCCCUUCUAGGCGAGGAGGUUGCAGCCCAAAUGCACGAGGCAGUAGGUCGCCAGCCGGAUGCCCUCGUCACCGCCGUUGGUAGCGGUAGCGGUGCAAUUGGUCUCUUCAGACCGUUCCUUCAUGACCCAGCUAUUCGUCUGGUUGGCGUGGAAGCCGCGAAGGCAGCUGCCCUGACAGAUGGUGGACUCGGAGUCCUUCAGGGUGCCCGGACUCUCCUGCUUCAAAACGACGAUGGCCAGAUCCUUGACUCGCAUUCUAUUUCACCCGACAUGAACUUGUCUACCGUGAGCCCUGAGGUUGCCCAUUGGAAGGACUCUGACCGAAUUGAAAUUUCCACGGCUACCGACGCAGUUGCCCUGGAUGGAUUUAGAACACUUCAGCACCACGAGGGGGUCUUGGCUGGUCUUGACUCGAGUCACGCAGUAGCCAAGACACUCGAUCUCGCUAGAGAACUCGGUCCGGGUAAGAAUGUGGUUUUGAUGGUGACCGGAUGCGAUACUAUUAGCGUUUCUGAGUUGGAUGGCUGA